CUCCUCCUCGUGGCCUUCUUUGAUGGGGUGACGGGUUGUCUUGACUUGGCAAGACAGAGGGCUGGUAUACAAAUGUCGAGUCGCUGCUCUUCCGUGCCUAGCCUUGGCGCAUUUCUUUUUCUCCUUUGCCAUUCGGAUCCUGUCAUACGUCCCCGCCCGCUAAUACGUACUUCGCAUCGCGAUUGAGUCGGCAUUAACUAGUACAUAACGACCACCCCCCAUCUCGCACUUCGCCCACCCUUCUAUCAAAUUAACGUCGUUCCGUCUACUCAUUCUUCCUUUGACGACUACACCGACUACGCCUUUAACAAUCUUGAACACGCCAUCAAACGCUUCAUGCAAGGAUAGAUUCCAUGAUCAGUCUCACAGCGACUGAACCGUGAGCACAUCAUGUAUCCCACUAGGAGCCCGUCAAACAUGUCACCAGAGGACGUUCGAACUCUAUGCGACCUCGCCGGCCGGUACGGGUCCGGAAGCUUAGAAACAACCCUCCGGAACAUUAGCGGCAGCAACUACACAUCUCUCCGCCCUCCGCCCCAGCACCACCACCGAAACCCUCACCACAUGGACGCCCCGGCGAGGAACUCGGCCCUCUCCACCUCAACCUUUGGCAGCAACAACAGCGCGCCAUCCCUCACAAACAGCGCCGGCCCCUGGAGCAGCUCCGACGCGUCCUUGUGCGGCUCAGAGGUUGCCUCCCUAUCGGGGAGUUACUUCAGCCAGCAGCCCGGCGGCACCGCGGCAGCUACCUCCUGGGCCGACGCCGUGGACGCUCCGUUCCUGAUGUCGCCCUCCGAGACACCAUCUCUCUCCGGCUCCGAAUGGCAAGACCACCACAUCAGCGAGCACCUCUCCUCAACUCCAUCACGAGAGAAAAAGGCAGCUGCUAGCAUGAGGUCUCCGUCCUCGGGUACUAUCGGCGGCCGUAAGCCCAUUGAGUGUCCCAUGUGCGCCGUCCACGACGUCUACGUCGGCUUCGGCAGGAAGAGCGACUUCAAGAAGCACCUCCAAAACUUCCACAACACCGACUGCAUCUGGGUCUGCCCGCAAGACAACUGCCGCAUGAUCUUUGACUUUGAAAAGGCCUACAUCGCCCACGUCAAGCUCGACCACCACCAGGGCGAGGCGGCAUACCCUCCCGCCGCGGCGGUAGCGGCAGCAGAACAGGUCAAGGUCGGCCUCUGUGCGCAGGUCGUCUUCGCCUGCGGCUUCAUCGGCUGCAAAGAGGUCUACGAGGCCGCCGACGACAGCGAGGCGCCUAAGACGGCUGAUGCCUACUUCGACCACCUCGCCAGUCACUUUGACAAGCGCAGCAGCACCAUGAACAACACCAGCGGCAGCGGCUGCAACAACAACGGCCUCGGCGUCUCGUCGGAGUGGACAUACUACCAUCAGAUGCAGAACCUCCUCCGUCAACGCUCCCUCAAAGACGAGUGGAAACACACUCUCUGGGACAAAGCCGCACGUAACCAACUCCGCUGGCAGCCCCGCUCCUCAGGAGACCUCAAGAAGCUCCUCGAGUGCCGCCACCUCGCCGACGUGCCGCGCAUCCUCCACGCCGCAUGGACGCUCGGCCAGACGUGCUUCUCCUCCCCCGAGCACCCGGCCCCCGAGUUCCCAGGCGAAGCAACGCGGCCCGUUCGGUCCCGCUGUCCUGCAGGCACUCGCGGGCGAGUUGUGAAGCUCCGCGAUGUUGCAGCGCCGGGCGGCGAUGGCGUGCGCGCGACGCGCAGCGCCGCGCUGACCAUGUUCGCCCUACGCCGCAGCCUCUUCCCCGUCAAGCUCGCCACCGUCUCGCACCCGCCGCCGCGCUCGAUUCCCGAGGAGCCGGAUUCCCUGGCCUACCCGCACCCGGGCACCCCCCUCGUCAUCCCCGAGCGCGACGCCUGGUCUACGGACGUCGUGCUGGGCCCGCCCGAGGAUGAGCAGAUCUUUGAUCCCAUGUUCAUGCCGGGCAACAGGGCGACAACGAACAUCCUGCAGCAGAACCCCAUCUACCCUUGGACCGAUACUACUACGUCUCAACAGCAGCAGCAAAGGCGGUCUUUCGGCGACUUUGCGCGUCACUUCACUCCCUCGCCGCAGCCUACCGAGGACCAGGACAGCAGCCUCGGCCCGUUGCUCCAGGUCCCUCAAUCCGCCUCUGCCACCACCGCUGCCGCGAAACGUCCCCGCUCGUGGGGCAUGAGGAGCCUCGAGAACCUGCGCCUCAAGCGUCGUGGCCGUUCGUCGCCCGUCACGUCACCCGUUGAGGAGAAGGCGGCUUUAGCUGAGUGGAUCUGAGACAGGCAACACACUUGUCUCUGCACCAUAUGCCCCUCUUCUAUCUUCUUUGUUCAUACGAACCAUUUUAGACCUGUAUUACCUAACGCUUUACAUGACAUGAAUGCAUGGGUGGUGGCGCAGCUUCAUAGACAUGUUUCUUUUGCAUUUUCUUUGUUGGUUUUGGGUCGGGGAUCGAAAAUUAUAGACUACAAGAUACCCCCAAU